AGACCCGUGUUGGUUCUUCAGAAUGACUCUCUCUACUCUCAGAGACGUCCUUACACCAGUGAAGAUGAGGCCUGGAAAACCUUUCUUGAAAAUCCCCUUACAGCAGCUACCAAAGCUAUGAUGAGCAUCAAUGGCGAUGAAGACAGUGCAGCUGCCCUCGGACUGCUGUAUGAUUACUACAAGGUUCCAAGGGAGAGGAGAUCUUCAACAGCUAAACCAGAGGUAGAACAUCCUGACCAAGACCAUAGCAAAAGGAACAACAUCCCAAAUGUGACAGAACAGUCGCUCAUCUCUGCUGGAGAAAACAGAGUCCAGGUUCUGAAAAAUGUGCCUUUCAAUAUUGUCCUUCCACACACGCCCCAGAUGGGCAUGGACAAGAGAGGCCACCUUACAACCCCUGACACAACGGUCACCGUUUCAAUUGCCACGAUGCCCACCCAUUCCAUCAAAACAGAGACGCAGCCCCAUGGCUUUGCAGUGGGUAUCCCACCAAGUGUCUACCACCCCGAGCCCCCUGAGCGGGUGGUGGUCUUCGACAGGAACCUCAAUCCUGACCAGUUCAGUUCCAACACCCAGCCUCAAAACUCCCAGAGGCGAACACCAGACUCGACUUUCUCAGAGACUUUCAAGGAGGGCGUGCAAGAGGUUUUCUUUCCUACUGAAUUGAAUCUGCGGAUGGCCAACAUGAAUUCAGAAGAUUAUGUUUUUGACAGCAUUUCUGGGAAUAACUUUGAGUACACUCUGGAAGCCUCCAAGUCCCUCCGACAGAAGCCUGGGGACAGCACAAUGACUUACCUGAAUAAAGGUCAGUUUUACCCGAUCACGCUGAAAGAAGUCAGCAGCAGUGAAGGAAUCCAUCACCCCAUCAGUAAAGUCCGAAGUGUCAUCAUGGUUGUGUUUGCUGAAGACAAAACAAGAGAAGAUCAGCUCAGGCACUGGAAAUACUGGCACUCAAGACAGCACACAGCCAAACAAAGAUGCAUUGACAUAGCUGACUACAAGGAAAGCUUCAACACCAUCAGUAACAUUGAGGAGAUUGCAUACAACGCCAUAUCCUUCACUUGGGACAUCAACGAGGAAGCAAAG